AUUAGUGAGCUUUAUUUUAAUCACUCGGUUUCGCGAUCAUGCCGAAAUUGAAGCACAAUUACAAAGCGAACGACUCGCAAUUGUUCUCGAUACCAUACGGCAAGGCUGAAGACGCCAGCAAGAAAAAGCAUCGGAUUAAAAUCCAAAAUGUCGGCAAUUCAACUCAAAAUGGCAAGGAGUCGCCGCGAAAUGCAACAACUGAUCCGAUAAAUAAUGAAAAUGUGCUCAAAUGUUAUGCGGUACAUCAGAAGGCGUCCGUUGUCUCCCUGACGAAGCAGUUCAAGGAGUUUGAACAGAAAAUACAAAAUACCAAUCUGAGCAUUGCGGAGAAAAACAAGGAAAAUUAUCAACUAAAGAAAUUCUUGGAUGAUUUGAACAAGGAAAGAGUGGAGCUAAGUGCGCAGUACAACAAGUUAUUAAAGAAUAAUAAUAAGCUGGAGCAACAGCUUACUGAAAACAAUAAAAGGUAUUCCUCAUUGGAAAGUGGCUAUGAUGAGAAACUUUCCCAUUUUAAAACCAUUUGCCGAAGAACGGAAAUCGAGCUAACUGUGCAGCACAAACAAAACGAUAACUUGUUGGGCGAGUUAAAGACAGUGCAGGAGCAGCAUAGGGAUUUGCUGGCUCAAUUCGAGACUAUGGCGCAGCAGAAGGAUAACGAAUUGAUUGAUUUACAAAUGAAAUAUAAGCAGUUGCAGGAGCAAUUGAUCGAAAUGGAGACGACUCUUGAACAGCAGAAGCUGCAAUUUAUAAUGGAAAAAGAGGUGCGUAACGCUUAAAUGUAUUGUUUGCUC